UUGAGGCAACAAUGAAAUUUUGGUGAUGAUAAAGUUCCAAAAAAUAUUUGGUAACGAAAGCACAACGAAUCAAAUCAAAAGAAAAAAUUGUAAAAAGUAUAUAUAUAAUAAAAAAGAAAAUAAGAUAUUGAAUGUCAGGCAAAAAAAUAUUAGGAGGUUGGUAUAAGAAUAAUACAGAGCCACUCCGUCAUACACUCUCCGUCGAGAUGGCCUCCGCCGCCACUUCCGACGAGCCUUGUCGGACUGUAUUCCUCGGCGUUGACGUCGGCACCGGCAGCGCCCGCGCAGGGCUGUUUGAUGAGAAAGGAAAGCUUCUUGGUUCUUCUAGCAGCCCAAUUCAGAUAUGGAAAGAUGGUGCUUUUGUUGAGCAAUCCUCCACAGAUAUAUGGCUUGCAAUCUGUGCAGCUGUAAAAGCAGCUUGCUCUCAAGCAAAAGUUGCACCUACAGAAGUAAGAAGUCUUGGAUUUGCAGCUACUUGUUCUCUGGUUGCAGUGGAUGCUGAUAGCGCACCUGUUUCGGUUUCUUUGACUGGUGAUUCAAGAAGAAAUGUCAUAGUAUGGAUGGAUCAUAGAGCUGUAGAACAAGCUGAAAGGAUCAAUUCCUCUAACUCACCUGUAUUACAGUAUUGCGGUGGAGCUGUUUCACCUGAAAUGCAGCCACCAAAGCUUCUAUGGGUUAAAGAAAACUUGCAAGAGUCUUGGUCUUUGGUUUUCAGGUGGAUGGACUUGAGUGAUUGGUUGUCAUACAGGGCAACUGGAGAUGAUACUCGCAGUUUGUGCACCACAGUUUGCAAAUGGACAUAUCUUGGUCAUGCUCACAUGCAGCAUAUCAAUGAUAAAGACUCCCGGGAUAUGGAAGCUUGUGGAUGGGAUGAUGACUUUUGGGAGGAAAUUGGUUUGGGUGAUCUUGUUGAAGGACAUCAUGCUAAGAUAGGAAAAAGUGUUGCUUUCCCUGGACAUCCUUUGGGUUCUGGCCUUACUCCUACUGCAGCAAAGGAACUGGGUCUCUUACCAGGAAUUCCUGUUGGCACAUCACUAAUUGAUGCUCAUGCUGGUGGUGUGGGGGUAAUAGAAAGUGUGCCUCCAACAGAAGCUGGAGAACAUGAUGAAGAAGCAAUUUGCAACCGGAUGGUGUUAGUUUGUGGAACUUCUACAUGCCAUAUGGCCAUAUCCCGAAGCAAAUUAUUCAUUCCCGGGGUCUGGGGUCCAUUUUGGUCAGCAAUGGUACCUGAAUAUUGGCUGACUGAAGGUGGACAGAGUGCUACAGGUGCAUUAUUGGAUCAUAUAAUUCAAAACCAUGCUGCUUCUCCACUCCUUGCAAAUAGAGCUGCUUCCCAAAAGAUUUCUGUGUUUGAGCUUCUGAACAAGCACUUGGAGACAUUGAUGAUUGAGCAGAAUAAAUCCUUUGUUGCUGCUUUGACUGAAGAUUUACACGUUCUACCCGACUUCCAUGGGAACAGGUCUCCCAUUGCAGAUCCAAAAUCAAAGGGAGUUGUCCAUGGUAUGACACUUGACACAAGUGAGAAACAGUUGGCUCUUCUAUACCUGGCAACUAUGCAGGGCAUUGCAUAUGGCACACGUCACAUUGUAGAGCAUUGCAAUGCCCAUGGCCACAAAAUCAACACUCUACUUGCAUGCGGUGGCCUUUCAAAGAACCCUAUAUUCAUUCAGGAACAUGCUGAUAUAAUCGGUUACCCUAUAAUUCUUCCAAGGGAAAGUGAAUCUGUGCUAUUGGGUGCUGCUAUUCUGGGAGCUGUUGCUACAAGGAAAUAUCAUAGCCUUAGUGAUGCCAUGAAAGCCCUGAAUGCACCGGGUCAGGUGAUUCAUCCAUCAAAUGAUCCAAGGGUUAAGAAGUACCAUGAUGCCAAGUAUAAGAUUUUCCGUGGCCUCUAUGAACAGCAGCUUUCUAAUCGUUCCAUCAUGGCUCAAGCCUUGGCAUAGCUUCGCAGUUUGCAUGCUGCUCUGCUUCAACCCAAACUCUGUUCGAUUAGGUGCUAUUUCAGAAGCAGCCUCUUUAUUCGGUCGAGAUUGUUGUCCUCGUGAAAGAAAUCACGU